GGGCAGGUGCUCAAGCACCCUCUGCACGUGCCUGAUUACACCUACUGUCCGUUACUUAAUUGAAUUGUCACAUGAAAAUUUAAUGGCAAAUUACUGCUCCUUCUCACUCGUGAACCAGAAAACAUCGUCACUAGUGCCCUUGUCUGGUUUUGACAAGACUGAAAUGUGGCCCUUCCCUUGUUCUGUUUGAGUGGAUGAUAAAUCAAAGCCUCUCGUUUAACAUUCUGCAGCUCUUAAAAACUCCGACUGCCCCGUGACGGUUCCGUUACCACAGCAACUACAGCAUCCCAGGUGCAAUCCUUCUGCUGAAACUCAGAGCACCUGUACCAAACAUUAGUUUGCAGUUUCACAAUUCCCUCACGACACACAUCAACCAUGAACGAAGUGGGCAUCUGAGAGUUGCACAGCAUUCUGUCCGAUUUCAUAGGAGUCUGUUUAUUCAAUUAUAAAGCCUACAAUAAUUUACAAUAAGCAUUAUUUAGAUAGGAUGAACAAUUAAUUGAAUUAAUAAUAUAGUACUGCAGGAUCUUGCAGGAAUUUAAUGACUUCUUAUUGAGUUGCUGGUAUUGUAUUUUUCUUUGUAAUACACAAGAUCACGUAUGACUGGAAGGGACACAUGAGAUUUAUAAAAUAAGUCACAAAAUAUAUAGGGAAGACCAGGGUUAGUUUUCACACUUAUAUACUCUAUACUGUUUUAUGUAACUCGACACAUAGGCUAAAAAUCUUGGGCUGGAAGGCGAUAAGCUGAAUAUGAAUACAAAAUAAUAAUAAAUGCACCGACAUCACAAAUCAGAAAAUUUAAUUAAAGUCUCAUUAAGGGUUCACAUUGGUCGUGACGUAAGCAACCCACAAACUCACGAGCUCAGACCCUGCGUGUCCCACCGCGAGCUCAAAACAGACGCAGCGCGCGCUCUGAGCUGCAGCACGAGAAACAGAGCUCCUCUCUGCUGCUUAAGACUGCAAAGACAAGAGCCGUUCCGGAUAACAACAAGAGCAGAAAACAUCAGUGUGCAUCAUGAAGUUUGCGGCUUUAAUCUGCUUGGUUGUUUUCUUCGCUGCAGAUGGAGAGUCCAUGCCAGUCGAGCAGGACAGCCAAAGAGAGGACCUGCUUACCCAGUGUUUAGUUCACAUCCUUUCAAAGGCACUGUAUAAGACCAAUGAUACUCCGCUGCAUCCAGAAUGCAAAAACAUCCUUACACCAGGAUCAGGUCAUUCAUCAGUUGUGAAAAAGGAGGAAGACACUCUAGAACCAGUUCAAGAGGAGAUUAAAAAGCCAAGAGGAGAGUCUAAAGUCAAGGAGGAACUCAUUGAGGAUCUUCUCAAAGCUAACAAACGGGAGGAGCUGGAUGACGAACGGAGCCAGGAAGAGUUCCCAAAUUUUUUUAAAAGAACAAUCAAAGACAGGCGUGAGGAAAUGGAUGACGAACGUAGCCAGGAAGAGUUCUCAAGUUUUAUGAAACGAAGAAUCUAUGAAAAACGUGAUGAACUGGAUGAUGAACGAAGCCAGGAAGAGUUCCCAAGUUUUAUGAAAAGAAGAAUCAAAGAAAAACGUGAUGAACUGGAUGAUGAACGAAGCCAGGAAGCGUUCCCAAGUUUUAUGAAACGAAGAAUCCACGAAAAACGUGAUGAACUGAAUGAUGAACGAAGCCAGGAAGAGUUCCCAAGUUUUAUGAAAAGAAGAAUCAAAGAAAAACGCAACGAACUGGAUGAUGAACGAAGCCAGGAAGAGUUCCCAAGUUUUAUGAAAAGAAGAAUCAAAGAAAAACGCAACGAACUGGAUGAUGAACGAAGCCAGGAAGAGUUCCCAAGUUUUAUGAAAAGAAGAAUCAAAGAAAAACGUGAUGAACUGGAUCAUGAACGGAGCCAGGAAGAGUUCCCAAGUUUCUAUAAAAGAGGCAACAAGCAUAAAAGGGAAGAUCCCGACGAUGAGAGAAGCCAAGAGGAAUUUCCCCAGAAAAGACAUUUUUCUGUCCUUUACAAGCGUGAUAAUCCCGAUGAGGAGCGCAGCCAGGAGGAAUUCCCUCUAUAUGAAUAUAAAAGGAGUCGUCUUCUGACCAGCAGAGAAAAACGUGAAGAGCCGGACUAUGAUAGAAGCCAAGAAUUUUUCCCAAGUUACACCCACAAAAGAAACCAUGGGGAUGGAGAAGAAGAGGAUGAGGAGAGUGAGGAAAGAGAGAAGCGGAUCUGGAAACCAUCACAUAGAUACCACCACAAGAAAAAGCACCACAAACGCAGUGAGAAUGAGGAUUUCGAAGAACCAGACUAUGACAGAAGUCAAGAAGACUUCCCAAGCUUCAGCCAAAAAAGGAGCCAUGGGGAUGGCAGGCACUACAAACCAAAUGAAGACCUGCUGAACAAGCAUAUUAAUGAGGACUUAAACUCACGGGAAGAGAGGUCUGAAGAAUCAGAAGAGGUAGACGAGGGUACCACAAAGCGAUACUGGAAACCCACCCAUAGAUACCACCAUAAGAAGCACCACAAACGGGACUCAUCUGAAGAGGAUUAUGAGGAAAGACCCCUGAAAAAAAGGUAUGAGGACUCAGAGGAAAGUGAGGAAAUGGAUAAAAGGAUCUGGAAGCCUACACACAGAUAUCACCAUAAGAAGCUUCAUCACAAGCGUGGCGACUCAACAGAGCUCAAGGAUGAAGAUGAACCCAUCUCAGAGAAGACUCACAGUCUCCAUGACUCAACAGACAAUGCCCUCAAGCGCCAUUCACCUGAAGAGGAAGAAGAGAUUGUUUAUGAGCUUAAUGAAAAGAGGCAUCACUUAACCAGCCAAGAGGAGGAAGAUGAGCUGAAGAAAGGACACCAGAGUUCUGCAGAGGAGAAGCAGGACAGGGAGGCUGCGUUGAGGUACCUAACAAAAAAGAAGAAUGAGUUACAGGAACGUCUACUUAACAAAGGUGACAUCUAUGAGAAGCGUUCCCCGUGGAUUUACAGAGGAUACUACCAUCCAGCCUGGUACAAGAGAGGCCAUAAGGUGGAUGAAAGUACUGACCAGCACCCCUACCAUAAACUAGAGGACUUUGCUGAGACUCUCCGGUACAAAAGAGGCCUGCUUACACAGGAGGAGUCACCCGAGGAGGAAAAGGGUGUCCCCCAACAGAAGCUUAUCACACCAGAGGAGUUAAAAGAACUUGAGAAACUGGCCUCUGUGGAUCAACAGAUGAAAGAGACAACUUAACCAUUCCUAGAACCAUCUGAGCCAUCAUUUUCUUGCACUGCCUGAUUUGAUUUUCCAUGAGCUUUGUGUGUGCUUUGGCUGCUUUAGAUGAAUGCAUUACUAUAUGUCGUACCUGAUUACAACUGCAUUAGAAUAUUGUUAUUGGUGUAAGUCCGUGUUUAAUAUUAGAGUCUGAGAAACAAAACGGUCUAUAAAAGGCAAAAUAAGCUUGAUAAUACCAUGUGAAUCAUUUCUCUCUUUAUUACAUCCUAAAAUAUUCUUAAAAAAAAAAAACCUAAAA